AAAGUAAUAUAGAUUAUAUUUAUGUUAGUGUCGAGCUGUUACAAGUACUGCAUCUAAUCGUAUAUUCGUUCUAUAUCGAUAAACUUGAUAAACGCAUUUCGUUCGUUAUUUAGGAAAGUUUCUAAUCUAUACCGAAAUAUUUAUGUUUCUGGGAAGUGUCAAUCUAUAACCCACAUUUUCUAAUAGAAACAUUUAGAGUUAGACAAUUACCAUAUUUACCCGGAUAUCUAACAAACGUACUUUCUCGAGCAUGAGGGUAACCCGCAGAUUUUGAAGUUGGUCAAGUGAACUGCUCGAGUUUCUCUUCACUUUGGAAUCGAUCACAGCAGAGCGAGGAUGAGCUCCCUAAUCGCCCUAUUUUCAAUCUUCAUUCUUUGCUGUAGCGUGAAGUGUGAUAUUAUCACGACGACAAUCAAACCCCAGAGUGCAAUGAUUUUGAAAGAAAAUGACAGUCGUCCCAUGGAGAAAGAAACACCGUGGUCGAAUUUGUUAUUAAAGCAACUGAAAUCGGUUGAUAUCAAGAAUACGGAAAAGUUGGAAGGCAGUAAAAUAGAUAAGAAUACAUUGGAAACGUUCAACAAACGAAAAUCCAAAUUCUUAGGGAGUCUAGCUUUUCUAGCCGGACUUGGUUUUGGUGGACUCGCCAGUGCUGCAUCGUCAACUGUAAAAGCCUAUGCAAAGUUUCCUCAAGCCUCAAUAGCAAUGAACUUUGUUCCUUCGAAACAAGGGCCUUAUUUAGCUGCUUAUUACGAUCCCUAUUCUUUUGUCCAGAAUCCUUAUUUCUAUCAUUCUCCUUUGGGAUUCUAUCCUUUUGUCGAUCCUUCCAAAUUACAAUCCCUCACGUCUCAACAAAAUGGUAUCAAUCGUCCGACUCAAAUUAUUACUUUAUUCGACGAUAAGCAAUCUUCUGAUUCCGAUUCCGAUGAUAGCGAGGAAGAAUACAUAGUGAAAAAAACAAUAGCAGAUAAAUCGAAAUCUUCGAAUCGUCUUAAAAAUCAUGCCGAAAACACGGAAUCCCGUAUUGACAGCGUCUAUAAACAGACAGAAGGAGAGAUGACGAACGGAGUCGUUGCAUGUGCAACACGAAGUAAACUCGAGGAAGAAGCAGCUGAUGUAUCGAAUAGAGAUUCUAUGGCGUAUGAUUUGGAAGAGUUACAAGAAGAUGCCGAUGACUCGAAAGCAAUUAUGAAUAGAGUCAAAAAUCAAGCUCAUAAUUCCACGACUGUCAAUAGUUCUACUGCAAGACCUAAUUCAAGACCUAAUUCAAGACCUACUCAAAGACCUACUCAAAGGCCUACUCAAAGGCCUACCCAAAGGCCUACCCCAACGCCUACUCCAACACCUCAUCCAAGACCUACUACUACCGAUACAGCCACAGAAGAAAAUUCAACAACAAUGGAGAGUAAUAUUAGUUCUACGCCAUUUUUUGGUUAUUACGGUGGUAAUCCACUAGACAUAGAACACAUUGAUCUCACGUCUGAUAUGCAACCACCCAUUUAUCAUGAACCUAAUCCAAUUAAUUAUCAUUUACCUUACGAAAGACCUGCUAAUUUUUAUCCCGAGGAGAAAUAUCAUUUCUAUUCGAAUUCUUUUCCAAAUUCGUAUCCCUCCGGACCUUACAUUUCUGACCAUAUAACAGAUUAUUCGAGCAACGAUUUCAAUCGAUUUUUAUAUCCACCCGAUAAAAAUUCUCCGCCAUACGCUAAUCAAUUUAAACCUCUAACGUAUAGUUAAUAUGCAUAUUUCUAAUACAUAUAUUCACGAACGCGCACAAUGUUCACCUUUUCAUUAAAAAUACAAUACCACUGGAUGAAAGUUCAAUUUUAAUUUACA